ACGGAACUUUAAAGCCCGGCGUUUCAUGUUUCGCGAGCACUGUUCGCCAAGGGUGCGGUAGUGCGUUGCACAUUUCGACACUGCAGCUGCGACGAAUCUUUGCUCGAGUUGAUACAUCCAAGUGAGAAUCUCGGGUUAUUUUCAAUUGGCACAGGAUCGCGUCGGUGUCCAUCGGACAAAAAGAUCCGUCAUUUCUUUGCCGUAAAAUAUUCAAAAAUCCGAUUUUUAAAUUGAGAUCGAACAAUGGGACGUGUCCUGUACCAUUUGCUUUCUUGCGUCCUCGGGUCGUUCAGGACGGAGGACACGAGUCCAUCAUCAUCUUUGUCUCCGUUAGACUGGUGGCAGAAUACCUUAAUUUAUCAGGUGUACCCCAGAUCCUUCAAGGACACGGACGGAGAUGGCAUCGGUGAUCUUAAUGGUAUUACUGAAAAACUCGAUUACAUUCAAGAUUUGGGAGUAGACACAGUUUGGAUUCAGCCUUUUUUUAAGUCACCGAUGGAUGAUAUGGGUUACGAUGUCCAGGAUUUCAAAGCGGUAGAUCCGUUAUUUGGAACAAUGGAAGACUUUAAAAGAUUGCUCAAAGGAAUAAAAGAGAGAGGAAUGAAAGUUAUACUGGACUUUGUGGUAAAUCACACAAGCGAUCAAUGCGAGUGGUUCCAACUUUCCGAGCAGGGGGUUGAACCUUACAAGGAUUAUUAUGUUUGGAGGGACGCGAAGAAGUUCAACGACACCCAUAAAACCUACCCAAAUAAUUGGUCGAGCAUGUUUCACGGCACAGCCUGGCAAUGGAGUGAAAUGAGGAAGCAGUAUUAUUUGCAUCAGUUUUCUGUCCAACAACCGGACUUGAACUACCGCAAUCCGAGAGUGGUUAAGGAAAUGGAAAGUGUCAUGAGAUUUUGGCUGGACAUGGGUGUAGAUGGUUUUAGAUUGGACGCACCGAAGCACAUGUUCGAAUCUGAGCACUUUCUUGACGAGCCGGACAUCAAAGGAACAUUCGGUUGGCCGGCUCGAAUCUACACGACGCGUCUGCCUGAGACCUUUGCGCAGAUUAGAGCUUGGAGAGCCCUCCUUGACGAGUACACUGCAAAAGAUGGACAGGCUAGGAUUUUAUGUACAGAAGAUUAUGAGGUGCCGACCAUGCUCAAAGAUUACCUCGGCGAUGCAGCCCAUCCAGGCGCCCAGAUUCCGUUCUACUUCCUUCUGGUCUUCUCAGACAGGAAAACCAAUGCUACUAAGCUGAACCAAAUCAUCCAGGACCUAGUAACAGUCUUCCCACGAAGCGCUUGGAACUGGGUGACGGACAACCACGAUAAUUGGCGAGUAUCCUCGUGGUUUUCGAGGGAGGCCGUUGACGCGUUCAACAUGCUGAACCUGCUGCUCCCUGGGUCGGCGAGCGUGUACCAAGGCAGCGAGUUGGCCAUGCACGACAUCCCCGUGCGACCGGAUCAACGCCAGGACCCCCUCAACGGAGGCCCCGGUCGGGCUGACAGUCGGGACGCGCACAGGGCGCCCAUGCCCUGGGACUCGUCUAGAAAUGCGGGUUUCUCGAAAGCUCGAAAGCCGUGGCUCCCUGUCCACCCAAGUUAUUGGACAUCGAACGUAGAAAUCCAGGAAAAUGACCCCGAUAGCCAUCUCAACACCUUCAAAAGAAUCGUCGCUCUUAGAAAAACGCCGGUUGUCAGACUCGGCGAUCUGAAAACCUACACCCCAAAGGAUUGGGUUUUUAUGUUCACAAGGUCCCUUAAGGAUGAAACAAUCGUUGUGCUGCUGAACAUCGGCUCUGAAACAGAAGAUGUCUGUGUGAAAGACGUCGCUCCAAAACUGCCCGAUGAAAUGUUUGUUCGCGUGAAAAGUAUUGGUUCCCUGCACGACGUAGGGAAAAAACUGAGGCUUGGACCAGGCUCUCAUGGCUCAAAGUGCAUCGAAAUGCGGCCACAAUCAGGAUUAGUUCUUAGCACAAGUCAUGGAGCUGCUAUUUCUUUUUCGCUCUUUAUGCUACUUCUUACGAUAGUUUCAACAAUGAUAUCCUGAGUUUACUGCAAAAUGACAUUUCACACAAUGUCAUUAUCAUGAAAUCUACCGUAUUGGGUCAGGAUAGAAUUGUCUUACUGUAUCAAUACUCACACUUGGACUACAUUUUGCAAUAGGGGACUGCUAUUUCUAACUCACUAUAGAAACAAUGUAUGCACCAUUAGUUUUCCUAUGGAGGUGCGUGUUUGUA